UUUCUAAAUUUUUAAUGUGGUAUCACAAAUGAUUGUCUUCAGAUUGUUAUCAUUUCUGAAUAUUUAGUGUAGAUAUUUUUUCUACAUAUUGCUUUAUUGUUAGAGCAUUUAGAUGAAAUGUGGUGCUGAUUGCAAAUGUAGUCCCUAACAGAGAACUUUCCUACUUGCAAUGAUCCCUGUAACCCAAAUAAAGAUUCCCUAAGUAAUGAUCCAGUGGUUUAAUAGUACUUAAAAUAAAUACUACAUUUUACAUCAGUUUCUGUAAUUAACUAGAAUAAUAUAUACCUUCUAGCCAGGCUUAAGCUUCAGAAACAAAAUAUAAUCCUAGUCUUUUUAGGUAUUCCAGUUCGGAAUCAUGGAGAUGCUUUUUCACACUGCCUGUUCUUUUGGACUUGCCUUUGUUUGCCUGUCAAACCAAGGGACCAAGAGGUCUUUGUUAUUUAAGUCAUGUUGUUCUGGAAUGUAAAUUAUCCUUACUGUUGGUGCAGAAUGUAUUCCAUUGCCUGUCCGGCUUUUUAGGGUAGCCAUCCUGUGCUUGUACACCCAAGGCCAACUACAUUCUAUCCUCAAAGAAAUGUAUGUCUUGUCUCUUACGGCUCUCUUUAGAAUGAUUAGCAACUUUAUAAUUACUAAAGUGCUAAAUAAGGUCUCAGCUGUGGGGUAUAAUGGUAAAUUGAGACCCCUUUUAUAAUGGAAAAAUAAUUGAUUAUAAUGGUGAGCUGGGACCCCAUUACAAUACUCUCAAAAUUUCCAUUUUAGUGAUAAGUAGUGUCAGAUGUCAGUGUUUAGAAUAUUUCGAUGGUUCCAGGACCAUCUCAGGAGGUGAAUUUGGGCCCAUCCUAGUCAGUCCAAUGAAGGUCAUUUACUCUCUUUUGUUUCUAGCAGAUGACUUAUGGAUAUAUCCUGGAAAUACACGACAUACUGUGGACUCAGAGGACAUACCUGAGGAGUUCAAGCGACAAUGGCAGCCAAAUUCAGCAGUGUGGACUUCAACCUCGGCACACCAGGGGCCAGUUAUGGUCCUGGAAGCCAAGAGCCCAGACAUUCCCAGUUGAGAAUUGUGUUAGUGGGUAAAACUGGAGCAGGAAAAAGUGCAACAGCAAACAGCAUCCUUGGAGAGAAAGUGUUUCAUUCUGGCAUUGCAGCAAAAUCCAUUACCAAGAAUUGUGAGAAAUGCAGCGGCAUGUGGAAGGAAACAGAACUCGUCGUGGUUGACACGCCAGGCAUUUUCGACACUGAGGUGCAGAAUGCUGACACGUGCAAGGAGAUUGUUCGCUGCAUCCUCCUGACCUCCCCAGGGCCUCAUGCUCUGCUUCUGGUGGUCCCACUAGGCCGUUACACCAAGGAAGAGCAGCAGGCCACAGAGAAGAUCCUGAAAAUGUUUGGAGAGAGGGCUAGAAGAUUCAUGAUUCUCCUAUUCACCCGGAAAGAUGACUUAGAUGGCACCAAUUUGCAUGAUUACUUAAUGGAAGCUCCAAAAGGCAUUCAAGACUUGAUGAACAUUUUUGGUGACCGCUACUGUGCGUUCAACAACAGGGCAACAGGCGCUGAGCAGGAGGCCCAGAGGGCGCAGCUGCUGGCCCUGGUCCAGCUCGUGGUGAGCAAGAACAAAGGAGGCUGCUACACUAACAGGAUGUACCAAAUGGCCGAGGAGGAGAUCCAGAAGCAAACCCAAGCGAUGCAAGAGUGCUACAGAGUGGAGAUGGAGAGAGAGAAAGCACGGAUAAGAGAGGAGUAUGAAGAGAUAAUCAGCAAGCUGAGAGAUGAAAUGGAGCAGGAAAAGAGAAGGGCACAAAUGGCGAAGGAACUAGCAGAACAGGAGGCUCUCUGUGUCGCAAGGCAGCAAGAGGCAAGAAUGGAAGUGGAGAAUCAGAAUGGGAUGCUUGAAUUAAUCAUUAAUGCAUUAAAGAUUGCUCUCUUAAUUUUCUCACGUGUGUUCAUGGAAGAUUAAACUUAAUGAAAACCUGUUUGUAUUUUCCGCAUAUUCUCUGGCAACCUUGCCCCAUACUUAACUCAUUUCGCAAAGUUGGAGUGCUCUAGUUUCUGUCUCUCAGGUGCUCAUAAAUAAGGACCACCAUUGUCCAUUGGUAGAUGUUUGAUUGACUUAACAAGAGAAGGACAAAUUUUUAAUUUGUGAAACUCCAAAGUAGAAGGCAUUGGUGCUUGCUACCUUGUGAAUUCUUCCUUAGACAUGCAGAGAAAAUGUAUGCAAGAGACCAAAGAAGAUGACUCCAAGCUAUAUCAUGUUACCUCUAAUAAAACCUUUUUUCUAGAUUCUUUCUGUAUUAGCAGAUAGUCUCCACCUGUAGCUUCUACUCACUUAUUUUUGUGUUCAGAGUCACAGGGAUCAUCUUACUCAUAUGGUUUGUUAGAAAGAUCAAUUCUUUGUUUGCAGUAGGUAAUCUUAGAGAUGGAGAUAAUUGUAGAAUUAUUUCUAGAUGAGUGUCUAUUUAAUUCCAUUGUUAUAUAAAGAGUCAAAUUGUUUUUUAUCAUUUGUUCAUUAAAGAACAGAGACUUGUCUGGAAAAUAGAUCUCUACAAAUUCAACUAUAUAGUGAUCCCCGAAUCCUGAAAGAGUGAAAGACAGCAAUUCAACAGAUAAGAGAGCAAUGAUUGGUAUAUUCAGGUAAAUCUGUAGAAACUCUUCGACCAACCUCAGUUUAACCAGUUUGAUAAAUAGUCAGUUGUCUCCUUUUCUUGAGAAAUAACAGAUAGUUGUGACCCCACCUCCUUCACUCCACACCUUGAAUACUUGUUGUUUGGCAGGUCAUACCCACACUUCUGCCCCCACUGCAUUGAAUUUUUUGCUUAUUGUGUUUAUAAUGAAACUUUUCAGUUAUCUCA